AUGGCUUCUGACUCUACUCCGGCGAACAACCGCGGUGGACCUUCAUCACCUGAUGAUGGGAUCUCAAGCCCAAUCGGAAACACAUUUUCGUCUCCGAACAAUGCUCCCAGCAGCCGUCGAAAGCGCGGCCGGCGUUCUGCGGCAUACGAGACUCCACCACCACCGUCACAUUCCCGCUUCGCCGCCACACCUGACGCUACCCCAACCCCUAGUUCCACGGCUCCAUCAGGCCGAGGUGGUGGUAGAAGGAGAGCUCCCUCCGUAACCGCGACUCCAUCUUCAACUGACGAUGCACCCCCGUCAUCCGAAGGUGGAGAUCCUGAUGAAGCCGAUGAGGCGCCGCCAAUGUUCGUUUGGGGAACCAGUAUCAGUGUGCAGGAUGUGAACGCUGCAAUCUUGAGGUUUUUGAGGCAUUUCCGGGAACACCCUUCGCACGAUGAGGGAAAAUACAUGAAAUCUAUCCACCAUGUAAUCGAAAUCGAAGGGGAGUCUUUGGAAGUGGAUGCUAAUGAUGUUUUUGACUAUGAUAACGAUUUGUAUACGAAGAUGGUGAGGUAUCCUUUGGAAGUUCUUGCCAUAUUUGAUAUUGUGCUGAUGGAUUUGGUUAGUAGAAUCAACCCAUUAUUUGAAAAGCACAUACAAGCUCGGAUUUUUAAUCUGAAGACAUCAACUUCCAUGAGAAAUCUGAACCCAUCUGAUAUUGAGAAGAUGGUGUCAUUGAAAGGAAUGGUUAUUAGAUGCAGUUCGAUUAUUCCCGAGAUCAGGGAAGCAGUGUUCAGAUGUCUAGUGUGUGGGCACUUCUCUGAUCCCAUUGUUGUAGACAGAGGAAGAAUCAGUGAACCUACCAUGUGUAUGAAGGAAGAGUGCAAGACAAAGAACUCAAUGACAUUGGUUCACAAUAGAUGCAGAUUUGCCGAUAAACAAAUUGUAAGAGUCCAGGAGACGCCUGAUGAGAUCCCUGAAGGGGGUACACCUCAUACGGUGAGCUUGCUGAUGCAUGACAAAUUGGUCGAUGCUGGAAAACCUGGUGACAGGGUUGAGGUUACUGGGAUAUAUAGGGCUAUGAGUGUGAGAGUUGGCCAAACCCAAAGAACUAUGAAAUCUGUAUUCAAGACAUACAUUGAUUGUCUUCAUCUAAAGAAGACAGAUAAGUCAAGAAUGAACGCAGAAGAUCCAAUGGAAACCGAACAAAGCACUACUCAAAAUGAUGAAGGAACCCCUCUGAACUACGAAGAACAGGUGGAGAAAUUGAAAGAGUUAUCAAAACAGCCUGAUAUUUAUGAGAUGCUUACAAGGUCUUUGGCACCAAACAUAUGGGAGUUGGAUGAUGUGAAGAAAGGACUCCUUUGCCAGCUUUUUGGUGGCAGUGCUUUGACGUUGCAAUCUGGGGCUAGCUUCAGGGGAGAUAUCAAUAUUCUUCUAGUUGGUGAUCCUGGUACCAGCAAAUCCCAGCUUCUUCAGUACAUACACAAGCUAGCACCUCGUGGUAUCUACACCAGUGGAAGAGGGAGCUCAGCCGUUGGAUUGACUGCUUAUGUGGCCAAAGAUCCUGAAACUGGUGAAACGGUUUUGGAAAGUGGGGCGUUGGUUCUUAGUGACAGAGGCAUCUGUUGUAUUGAUGAAUUUGAUAAAAUGUCUGAAAAUGCAAGGAGCAUGUUACAUGAGGUGAUGGAACAACAAACUGUGUCGAUCGCAAAAGCAGGGAUUAUUGCUUCUCUUAAUGCAAGGACUUCAGUCUUGGCCUGUGCAAAUCCAAGUGGCUCGCGUUAUAAUCCUCGCUUGUCUGUGAUUGACAAUAUACAUCUUCCCCCAACAUUGCUCUCCAGAUUUGAUUUGAUUUACUUGAUUCUCGACAAAGCUGAUGAGCAGACAGAUAGGCGGCUUGCCAAGCAUAUUGUUGCAUUACAUUUUGAAAAUCCCGAGAAUUCGGAGCAGAAUGUGAUAGACCUUCCAACUUUGACUGCUUAUUUGAGCUAUGCCAGAAAGAACAUACACCCACAGUUGUCUGAUGAAGCUGCUGAAGAGUUGACACGUGGUUAUGUCGAAAUGAGAAGAAGAGGAAAUUUCCCAGGAAGUAGUAAAAAGGUGAUAACGGCUACUCCUAGACAAAUUGAAAGUCUGAUACGCCUCAGUGAGGCUCUGGCUCGGAUCCGCUUCUCAGAGUGGGUGGAGAAGAAAGAUGUCAUUGAGGCUUUUCGGCUUCUUGAAGUUGCACUACAGCAGUCUGCAACCGAUCAUGCCACUGGAACAAUUGACAUGGACCUUAUAACGACUGGCGUGUCUGCAAGCGAAAGAAUGAGGAGGGAGAAUUUGGUUGGGUUGGCUCGAAACGUUAUUAUGGAAAAAUUGCAACUAGGAGGUCCAUCUACUCGUAUACUAGAGUUGUUGGAAGAAUUGAAGCAACGAAGCAAUAAUGCGGAACUCCACCUUAACGAUCUACGAAACGCGCUAAGUAGUCUUGCAAGCGAGGGAUUUGUAGUCGUUCACGGUGACAGCGUAAAAAGAGUAUGAACUUGGGAUGGUUUACAGAACCGAAAGAUUAACUACUCAAUUUGUUCGAUUAACGUUUACGUGACUUUUGAGUUGUAUGUUGAAUGGAGCAACAUUAUGUUGUGUGAUAUUAGUGAAUCUAUAUGAAUAGUAAACCCUCAUCUGUUGAAUUUAUAUUUAUUUUCUCCAAAUAUCAA